CAAGCACACGACCGAGCAACAUCUUCCCAUUCUAACCGCGAGAGAACACCUAAAGCUAAGUCGAGAGACAAACGUUCACCUGUCGACGUGCAGCCACCGACGCCUUCCAUUGGGGCAAAUGCCACAGCAGGCAGUGGAACAACGAAUGGGAGCAAGUUCACAAGAUUGGCAAAAACACUGGCAAGGGAAAUUGAAGCGAGCCAACGAUGGGCGAACGUCCCUGAACUGGAUGACGAUUCACCAGUCAGGCCGACCCGGAAGAAGACAGAUGUGCACCGCAGUCCUUUCCGAGAUAUUGUUAACCACUCGUUCUCCUUUGAUGGUUCAGCAUUCCCUCCAAAGACUAAAACGCGUACUGGACGCUCUAGUGCCAAAACUGCAAGUUCCCGCCCGAAGGAUCAGACACGGUACACGCACUCGGAUUCAAAACAGAUCGUCCUACCUGAUGUAACUGGCUUGACCAGUAUUGUCGGUAGCCCGCCGAGAAAACUUCAAAGAUGGCGGACAUAUUCUGGAGAGAGCAUCAACGAUGGCAUGGAAGUCGCAUUAACCAAAGCUUUAACCACGCUCCAAACACGCCUUAAUCAACUGGAAUCCCAGAAUCUCGUAUCGCGAAGACGAGUACGAGAGCUCGAAUUUGAGCUAGAAAACUGCAAACUCGAGGUGAAAAAGGAACGUACUCGUGUAUUAGAGAAGGAAGAGAUUAUUGUCGCCCAGCAGAAGGAAUUUCAGAGACUUCGAAGUAUGCAGGCAAAGCAAGCUCGGAGAGAUCCCGAUCCCGUGAGUGAAAGUCGAUACAACGACGUAGUUGAAGAGAAGAAAGCAUUGGAGGCAUUGGUAUCAACUUUGCGCUCUCAUCUGUCCCGCCUAACCGAUGAACUCUCAAACCAACGAGCUCAGCUUGACGAACUACGAUCUUUACGUGAGCAUGAUAUUCAAGAGGUCCGCGAGAAACUUGCGGAGGUCGAGUCGCUAAACCUGGAGGUUGAGCGUCUUGGAGGGGAAGUUGAGAUUCUCCGUGGUGUUGUCGAAGAGGGGUUGAACGAAAGGCGUAGGGCUAAACAAGCCAUGGACUCCACGGUCAACUACGAUGAAUCGGCUUCUGGAGUCGCACAUGAACGAGAAGCUACGGCUUCGUUCGCUGGCCAGAAUGACGUCGUGAACGAUUCUUCACAUGUAGAUUUUCCUUCGCCUCCCCCUUCCCGCCCUCAAUCUCGUCAAGAAUACCGAGCUUUUGGCAACAGAGCUCAGAUGUCAAGUGCCCCUACGGCGGGCCCUGUCCGCUUCGAUGCUCCAGCCGAUGAGCUUUCAGUCGUAGAGGACGCUCGAGAAGAAGCCCGUGAACGGCCUGGGGAACAACGGGAAAAGACGUCCGCAAUGCGUUAUCGACAAGAUAUCGGCACAUAUCAGUCUCAAGCUGUACACGAGAACGGCCAUCAGGAUACCCGUCGAACACGAUUCGCAGGCAUUAGAGUAACGAAGGAUGAUGAUAAUCGGCGUGUGCGAAGAACGACUGACAACAACCCUAUGCCCUCUGAACGUCUCGCUGGGACAAUUCAAUCCGAGAAGGAGAAGGCAGUUCAGACUGAGACUCCGUUUCCGCAGAUCCGAGGGGAAAGACUGGAGCGAUUAUUCUUUUCUGCACCUGAGCACAACGAGAAGACUUGCCGAGUUUGCCAUAGACACCGCCGUCCCGGCGCUUCGGAUGACGAACUUGAUUUUCCAUCGUGGUUACCUCCGAGGAAGCGUUGUAGGACAGGAGACGAGGACGGGCGUCAUCAUUAUGAAAUUGAUGGCCUCGCUGGAGUUUCCAGACACGCGCCGUUUUCUGAAGAUAGGCUGCCUCCUCAAACAGUUCUUGUUCGUGUACUAGGGGAGUUGGAAGAUGACUUCACUCAUUACAAAGGAAUAUACAUUGAACUGGCCGAUCAGUACAAGAUCAUAGAUGCUGCGUCAAAUGUAGCGAAAAGAAAUGUACUUGCUGAGCAUCUUCGUGAGGUCAUUGAUACACUUGAGCAGAAGGGUGACCAAAUUGCAUCGCUGUACGACCUUUUGGCUUUCAAAGAUAAGCCGGUGUCAGAAUCUGUUGUUCCUGACAGACCUCGUACUCGUCGCUCUCCACGUUCCCCUCGCUCCCCUCGGCGGUAUGGAGCUAGGCAAUCAGGGGGUUUAAGAAGAUACGCGACUUGUGUGUAAUAAAUCCAACAUUUCAUUUUGUUCACACUACCUCAGGUGUUUUGGGUCUCUGCUUCGUCGGUACAUUGCUUUUCAGCUUUAAUAGUGCGACACCAUCAUUACUAUCCAUUCCAGUAUAACUCCACUUUGACUUUUGGACUUCUGUAAAUUGUUUUUCUCUAGAC